CCAUUGCGGCUUCGAGGGCCGCCGGCCGGGCGCGGCCCGUGCGCACCGGGGGGUGUGUCGCGCGCGAGCCUGCAGCGGCCGGCCUCCCCCGCGAGGGCGGGGGGGGCGUUUGGAGGAGGAGGAGGAGGAGGGAGUCGGCGCGCCAUGUGGCUGCUGCUGGUGCCCCGCCGCAGCGCCCUCUCGCGCACCGGGCGCCAGCUCGCCACGCUCUGCGCGG